AUGCUCCCUCUCAUCGCCCAGGGCAGAGACGAUCCAGCUGCCGUGACCAUCGCAAGUCAUGGCAACGCAGGAGCAGCGGGAACGUGCGGCUCGGAUCCCAUCCAAGGGCGGGUGAUCUAUAUUGACCCGGAAGCCUUCUCCUUUAGCGUAAACGUCGCUAGCCCUCGCAACGUGCUGUACCUCGGCCCUCGCAACGUAUCGGAGCUAGCCAUUCUAGCAACGCGGAUGCGCUCCCACUUGAAUUUGCACGGCGCGCGCACUAUCGCAGUGCUGGACUUUGCUGCGACCGUUGGAGGGCUACUUGUGCGCAAUCCUGUCGCUGCAUCUGCAUCGUUUCUCGCCUACGCGAGCUCCCACUGCGUCCGCGUAAGAGAGCAAGCCUACAACAAGCUCGUGGAGAUGGCUGUGGCAGCUGGGACUGAGAGCAGCAACGUUCGCGACUACAUGACGGAAAAGCUUCUGGUUGCUUUCGCAUCUGGCGCCGUUCCCGUAUACUGGGGCAGCGGGGGCGCUGUGUUUGAGAUAUUUGACAACCGCACCUUCUUAUACAUCGAUCCGGCCGAUCCCCGCCCAACUUUUCAGCGCAUGCAAAGCCUAAACAAGAACUACUCUGCUUUCAAGUACAUGGCCAGUCUUCCUGUCUUUCGAGAAGGAGCGGUCGACAGAUACUUCUCGUUGUUUCCAUCAUACCCACUCGGAGGGAGCGGCGGGCUGGGACUGGCUGCAACAGUGCUCGUCCACUUCAGCGUGCUGCGGCGCAUGGACAGCCAAGGUGGAGCGGAGCUUUGCGGCCUUGACUCUCAGGAUGACGAAGCCGAAGCCGAAGCGGCUGCAAGGGCGAGCAAAAGCGCCGCAGGCUUACGAGUCUCACUGGCCUUCCUGGAGUUGCCUAAGGACUGCCUCGUGUACUCUGUCGGCUCGAAUGGUGAGUCUUCCUUCGAGUUGGCGGUGAAGAAGCGCUGGCCGGCAUGUGAGGUGUAUACAAUGGACCCAACACUGAACGCAGUGCGGCGCGAGAAGGCUGCUGUGCUUGAGGCCGCGGGUCAUCUCAAGGUCGUUGACAUCGGUCUUGCUGGCGCGAACGGCACCAUCACCCUUGGAGGCAGGCAGUUCCCUGUGCUCACACUGGAGUCGCACGUCGAGAUGCUCGGUCACAGAAACCGCCGAAUCGACGUUCUCAAGGUCGACAUUGAGGGAUACGAAUACGAAGCCUUUGCCUCGCUCCAGCCGGGGCUCUUGGACAAGGUGGACCAGCUCCAGAUUGAGCUGCACGGGAGCAGUGACGAGAAAAUCGACAGCUUGAUCGCAGCAGUGCACGCAGCUGGCUUUUUGAUGUUCAACAAAGAGCCAAAUGUCCUCGGUUAUCUCUUGGGCGGAGCGUGCGAGGAGUUCAGCUUUAUUGGUGCCGCUCACGCGUUCCACUCUUUUCGCGCGUCUCAUCCCAGUUGCCGAUAA